AUGCACGUGAUCAGAACCGUUUAUAAUGACGAUCGCGAAAGUCGUGGUCACGUGAGCAAGCCGUUGAGAUUUGUUACAAAAGCUGCCCCGGAGCACCAGAUCAAAGGCUGCUACUCGCCACAAGCGCGAGCGCUUGGCAGGCAAGGAGGGUUUCAGGAGCAGAUGAACGUGUCGUCUUUUCUUAACCGACCGGACACGGAUGAUACGUUGCAGAACAUCAGGAAGGAAUACCUCAACACGAAACGGAAUUUGCAUGACUUACUCAGCAGCAGCCCAACGCGACUCCAGCAGGGCGCCAGGGGGGCCGGCGAGAUGAGCGGGAAUGCGCCGCCGCUGCACUACGUUGGCGGGCAGGCAGAGCCGCCGCAGCAGGGCGAGCAGGACGACAGGCUACGACAGCAGCUUCGCGACUACAUGUCGAACAAAAGCCGCAGCAUGCCGCCGCCGGCGAAGUACCCUGCGCCCGGGCCAGGGCCGGCGGACGGAGGCGUGCAGCGGCAGCUCGACAGCCAGAAGAUGAUGAUAGAGUCGCUCAAGCGCGAGCUAGACACGCAGCGCACGAUCAACAGCAUGCUUUUUGAGCGCUUGGACCGCCUGGAGGAGGAGGUCCGCUACGUACGCCACAGCAACCGCGCGCCGGCCAAUGGCGCACCGUUCCGCUCAGUAAGCAGCGCACCAAGCUCGUCGCACACCAACGGUCAUGUAGGCAGCUACGCGUCUGCCGACGACACGAAAGUUCUGCUCGGCUGGGAUCAGCCCACACUUGCGCACGGGGGCAAGCACGCCCAGCCCCCCCAGCAGCAUACCCGCACGUUCUCUAAUCUCGAUGAUAGCACCGCGCGUCUAAUACAGAUGUCUGCCGGUGGCAAACAAAAGUGGUAG